CUCAGUGCCCCAUGUCUGGUGGAAAUGAAAGCCUCAAUCGGAAUGCUAGGUGGAUGUAAACACGUCUUCUGCUACGAUUGCAUCAAGAAGUGGUCUGAAACUAAACGAACCUGUCCUCUUGACCGUUUACCAUUUGACUCAAUCAAAAUACUACACGAAAUUGAUGGUGCAGUUGUGGAAGAGGAAAAGCUAGAACUACGGAGGUUGAAUCAAGGCAAUGGUUUUUAUAGGGGGGAUGUCGACAGUGACGUCGACAGUGACCACGACGUUGACGACAACGGUGAUAUUGACGAUGACGAUGACCACAAUAUCACAUCAGGUUUGGCUGUGCGUGAUCCUUUUCGAAUUCAUCGUCAUGUAAUUAUGGAAGCUGACCAGAGGUCUCGUUUCCUCUUUAUAUACUUGGAUACUAUAUGCGAUUGUUAUGAAGAUGAGUGUUUUGUCACUCAGUUGGAAGUGCACAUUUGUUGUGCAAAAGAAGAGACUUUAGUUGUGCCUCUUUUCUUUCUAAUGUCUGCAAAAUUUUAUGAUUACUUCCUAGAUGAAUCUUUAGAGUUAGCAUUCUUCCGGUCGCCUCCUUCCACUUGUUAG